GAUGAGAUUGUCUCGUUUGUCUCCCUGUGUGACAUUCAGAGCCAAAAAGAUCAUGUCCAUUGGUUUGGCAUUGAUUGCUUAAGAGUUUGUGUCCUGAUUGACGUUUAUAUCUGACGAGUUGUGUCUGGCUUGAUACAGUUCUGGACGAAGUUUUGAAAAUUGGAACCAAUGAGAAAGCUGUUAGAACUGUCUUCAACCAAUGAAAAGCCAGGAUGAGAAAAAUCCACGAAAUGCCGCCAUUUAUUGUUCUAUACUGCACGAGGCUGCCCUUUCUCGCAGCACGGUCAAGGGUUGUGUCCGGGCAGAGGACAGAGGCCGGAUCAUGACGCUCCGGCCUCCGACUGGCUGGUCUCUGACGCUCUGGCCUCUGAUUGGCUGGUCUCUGACGUCAUCCUUCACUGAUUGGCUGGUCUUGGAUCUUGGUCUUAACCAGCCUAAAACCAGUAUUUGGCGGCUUCAUUAAACUACUCCCUUAGGACUUCAUUGUCAGUUUUAUCCUCGAAGAAUGUACAUCAUUUCUUGAAAAAAAAACAAGAUUCGAAAAUCAUAAUGAUGAAUUUUGAUAAGAAAAUGGAAACUCUUUGCAAGGUUUGUGGCGACAAGGCGAGCGGGAAACACUACGGUGUUUCUUCGUGCGAUGGAUGCCGCGGAUUUUUCAAGAGAAGCAUAAGACGACUUGCCGCAAUGAAUCUGGAUUAUGUUUGUAAAGAGGCUGGGAACUGUGUAGUUGAUGUUACCAGGAGAAAUCAAUGCCAGGCUUGCAGGUUCAAGAAAUGUAUCUCGGUAAAUAUGAAAAAAGAAGCUGUUCAGCACGAGAGAGCACCGCGUUCUUUAUCCAAAAGAACCGGUUUUCUAAAUGAUGCAUACUCCUCAACCCCUCUCCUCCCCCAUCUUCUACCACCACUCCAUGGCUACUAUCCAACCCUCCAGAUGAAAACUGCGUUUCCAACUCUAUUCUCUCAUCCACCUUCCAUUCAUCCUUCCCUUCACUCCUCCUCCUUCUCCUCCUCUUUCUCCUCAUCCAUGGCCUUUCAGGACUCCUUCAGAUUGUCUGCCCCAAGGAUCAUCACAUCGUUGGCCAACAGAUCAUAUGGUGGACUUGACGCCAUGGAUAGGAUGAGGAUGAAAAUGAAUUUUGAGAAUCAAGUUGAAGUCCAGGAUCAGAACCAGGAACAGAGUGCCCAAGACUCCAACACCGCUGAAACGAAAUAUGACGACUGUAAGGAAGAAAACUUGAAAAUAAAGAACUAUGAUUUAUCUCCUGUCCCCACCUCCCCUCACCAUCCNAUGAUGAUGAUGAUGAUGAUGGAUGAUGAUGAUGAUGAUACUAUACAGGAUGAAUUGCUCCGGGAGUGUGAAGAUGACAGUCUAGUAAAUCAACUAAGUGAAUUGGUUGAUAUUCUAGUCAGACUUUCUCAACUCAGAUUAGAUCCUACUGAGUACACUUGUUUAAAAGCUCUUGUACUGUUUAAACCUGAACUAAAUGGAUUAAAACAACAGCUUCAGGUCGAAGUACUUCAGGAUCAAACCCAUUUAAUGCUCCAGGAUUAUUGCUCUGCUAAGCCACCUCCAGCGAAUAAAGUCCGGUUUGGUCGUCUUCUGCUGACCCUGCCUUGUAUAACCUUUUUCCAAAGCAGUGUACUGGAAACUCUAUUCUUCAGGCGAACCCUGGGUAAUAUCAACGUCGAGAAGGUUAUUGUUGAUCUGUCCCAGGCCUAGAAGAUCUUAUAUCCAUGGUCAGAGGAAGUCUAACACAA